GGCGUUACUAUCCAGAAAAGAGUUUGGAGGAAGAAAGAAAGAAGAGAUUUUGAGUUUUGGGUUUUGUUAGUGUUGCUUUGACGACUUAAGCUGCUAUGGCUUCCGUUUUACUACUGCUUCUGGUGUUCGUGUUUGAUCUCAUAGCUUUUGGUCUUGCUGUUGCUGCAGAGCAGCGUAGAACCACCUGGCAAGUUUCGAGAGAAUCAAGAGAUUUAAGCUACUGUGUGUAUGACAAGGAUAUAGCAACGGGUCUCGGAGUUGGUUCUUUCUUGAUGUUAUUGGCGAGUCAGCUCUUAAUCAUGGUGGCCAGCCGAUGUUUAUGCUGUGGAAGACCCUUGACACCAAGUGGGUCUAGAUCCUGGGCGAUUUUUCUCUUCAUCACCACCUGGGUUUUCUUCUUCAUAGCAGAAGUGUGUUUACUUGCUGGCUCUGUACGAAACGCUUACCAUACAAAGUACCGUGUCUACUUUGGGAACACUUCUCCUUCUUGUCGAUCACUGAGGAAAGGCGUGUUUGGGGCUGGAGCAGCAUUCAUAGUGCUCACGGGGAUUGUCUCCGAGCUUUAUUAUGUGACCCUCUCGAGAGCCAAAGACUUUGAGCCUCGUAGAGAUCCUGGUAUCCGAAUGAGUAGCCUGUAGAAUUUACACCUGCUUUAGAUUUAGAAUACUCUUUGUUAUGAUCAUUCUUGUUAUCAUCUUAGACCACUGUUGUUAUGAUUUUAGAAUUAGAAAUCUGGUCGAUUUAGAAUUAGGCCAUUCUUGUUGUGAUGUUAUACUGUUACUGUCUGAAUAUGUGUGUUCUUGUUUGUAUAUGAGAAAUAUAGAUUCAAGUUCUAAGCUG